AUGAGUGGUCUUCUUAGAGAACUGCAUCGAUUCGAUAAAAAUGUGCUUAGAAAGGUGUCAAAGCCUGCGAAUGAUGUCCUCCACAAGUUUGAUAAAAACGUUCUCCGACCUGCAGCGGAGCCUGUGAAGGAAGUCCUACACGAGUUCGAUAGAAAUGUGCUUAGAAAGGUAGUGACGGCCGCAGGGCUUAGAAGAAUUCGCAAAACUUACCAAGAAUUUAAGCAAGAAGUUGUUCAUUCUAAAGUUACCUUCACCACUGAUUCGUACCGAGUGGAAAAGAUUGUUCCCUGCCCCGAUGGACAGCAUGAUAUAGUGAAUGCAGAACAGCCCGUUGAGAUGUACUUUGAAGACGGCGUGAAAAUUAUACAAGAUCGAUACUGCAGAAAAUGUGGCCAGCAUUUCUUCAGUAAAGGCGAGCGAAAGGAUGAACUUUAAAAUGAAAGUUAACAUUUUGCAGCGACACUGAUCCAUCAGAGAUUUUUUGUAUUUAGCUAUAAGACUCUCUAAGUUUGAUCAGCUGGGUCGUGAAUUUCAGCGCCUGACAUCACUCUUUUGUUGUUUUGUAGCUUUUAUAUAAGAAGUACUCCUGUGUUAUGUUGACCAGCUAGUCUUCAGCAACGAGUCAGUGACGAGUCUCAUUGGCGUUAGUCACAAAUCAUGCAUGCUAAUUUUAAUAGGCCUGAUUACACGAGCAAAACAUUUCUGGAACAGCUCGGCCGGUAACUAAAGACAAAUGUUUCGUUCCAUAAAAAUUCGGUUUUGGAAUUGGCACUUGCUCCUAACCGGUGCCAUUUCGUCUCUUUUGACGUGUAAAAGGGCCUUUUUUAACCGCGCGAGACGAUUUCAAGCCGUGAGUAUUAAGGAGUUGCAUCUAAUCUUAUCACCCUGAUGCGAGGGAGCUUUGAAAAUAAAGGAUGAAGUGUUGCAAAUGGAUGAAAAGUAUAGUGUCAUCCUAAAUUCCUUUUAGUUAACAUAAAUUCUAAUGGUUUAUAUCUUAUUUUAUGGUACAAAUUAAUAUAUAAUGUGUCAAUGCUUCCAUCCGUAUACCUAUGUACAGAGUUUCUUUUGAGAGAAAAAGCACGUUCACCCCAAGAGUUCAACGCGAGUAGUUCGAUGCAGCCGGAACCUCGAUAUAACGAACCUCUAAAUAACAAAGUUCUCGAUAUAACGAACGACUUUCUCUACCCCAGUAAUAGUAAAAUAUAUGUAAAAGAACCUCGAUAAAACGAAACCUCGUUAUAGCGAACAAAUUGUGCCAGUCCCUUGGCCCUUCGUUAUAACGAGCUUCCACUGAUAUCAGUUGUGCGAGCAAGCUAUUGUUGCGUAACUAUGUUAGAGAAGGCUGUUCUACUUUUUGCAACGACUAAAUUGUCCGGCUGAAGCGAAAGAAAAACUGUUGCACAAAAUCAAUCCGGUUUCAUACCACAUCAUGCAUACUAGGGUCGCACGUUUUGUUCUGGAGUAACGCCGCGCUAUUCUGAGAAAACAAAACCACUUGUAAAAAAAAGCAGAAGAACCAGACCAUACGAAAAAUGUAGAGGAGUUGAGUUUGAACAAAUUUAUCUCAUUGAAAGGAUUAGAACAAUGCACAAUGAAGCUACCGAGUUCUGCUGAGCAGUUCACCUCAGUAUAGCCAUUUCUGCGUUUUCUUUUGUGUUUAUCGGGACAUAGCUAAUUUAUUUAUUUGUAUCCUGGUUUUUAACCUAUAAUCAGGCAUUUUUUAAGCGUUUAUAUGGAGAUAUUGGGAGGGCAUGGUCUAAUUAUCUGUUUGUCCACUCAAACGUCAAUUAAAAAAAGAAAUGCGUUUGGCAUUCUCAAUUGCUUUGGUUUUCACAUGACCUCAUCAAAAUUCAAACGACAUGGACAACUGAAUGGAUCACUAAAUUGUUGUGAAACCUUGCUUUCGUAACAUCUGAAACGCCGGAUUACUGUCCCGCAAUGGCCUUUGAAAGAAGCGGUUGUAGAGCUGGUUGCAAAGCUGUGACCUGUUUCAGUUGGUCGAGGGUCAUAAACACCAUUCCUGUCGCCAUUCGACAUUUUGAGCACACUGUCACAGAACUCUUGAUCAGUAAUUGCUUGGAUAUUUCAACUGCUCCUUGAGCUCUGCUUGACGAAACUGUUAUGCCUAGAAACUUACUCCGAUCUGAAGUGAUCCAUCUAACAGAACUGUGCACUGAUAUCGUGACCACGCUGAAACCUUCCUCGCGGAAAUCAUGUUCGUGAUUAGGACAGGCGUUUGUCUUGAUCAGCAUGAAUGAAAACAAAGCCAAAGUUAACAUUAUGAUUGGUGAUCGCAGCAUUUCUCGAUCUGUGUGAUAGCUCUCUUUCAAUUUCCAAGUCACGAUAGGUUAGUUGCCAUCGGUGGAAAUAAGUAUGCAAGCUUUCGAUUUGGCUGGGCUCCUGCUUCCGGGCUUAUAAGCUAUCCGUGACGUCAUAGCAAAGACAUCGUACAUCACCGAAAAUAUCUAUGAUGUCUUAGUAUAAAAACACUCAGUGCGGGGCUUUCAACAAAAAGCCUCAUCUGCUUGGUUGAAAUCCAUUCACUCGGCAGUCCAUUGAAAAGGGUUUUAAACUAAACAGAUCUUAUAUUAUCCCACUUCCUAUGCCAAAGAUUCAUUGACAUACUUGAAGUACUUCCAGGUCAGUUUGCAAACCAAGUUUAUAUCAUGUCAGCGAAUACAUUGCCUAGAGGCGCUCCACUAAAUAAUGUUAAUGAUGUUAGCUCCUUCAGACAAGGCCAAAUUUGAAUCACGGAAUUUUUUAAUCAUAUAAUCAGGAGCCAUAAUCAGGCUUCUGAUCAGUCGUAGAGAAGAAAAAGGGCAUCAUGGUAUCGUUGUCUUGAGUUCUCUAAUCGCCUAAAAGAAUCCUCGGUUCGGUCUGUUUCUUUAUUCAGCUCUCACUCUCUGGUGAAUGCACAGUAUAUGCACCGCAAAAACAAAAAAAGCAAAACAAAAGAUAAAACAGUCGCUCGUGGAACUGCCAGUGCGUGGUUUUCUUUGAAAACCAAGAAGCAUAAAAUCAACGCGUGACAGGUCAUGAACUGGGAAUUUUCCCUUUAAUGCUCGUCAUUUAAUGUUAUUAAAAGCGUCCUGUUACCUUCCGAAUUUUCAUAGAACAUAAAAGGCUUUUAGUUGAAAAGUCCAAAAGUGUGUUGCAAGCGCCAGUCACAAUGAGGGCCACGACUUUUGCUGCCUUAGCUCUUGUCAGUCUUGUAUUCUUCACAAUUCUUCUAACUUCACCAGACAAGACUUCCGGAUUGCGGCUACGCAGAGUCCUUCGUCGGUUUGAGAAAAAUGUUCUCAGGAAGGUAGCGAAACCGGUGAAAAAAGUAUUCAAGGAAGUGGUGGAGAAACCGGUGAAAAAAUUGCUGAAAGCCGUAGGCCUCAAGAGAGUUCGCAAGACCUACAAAGAAUUUAAACAAGAAGUUGUUCAUUCUAAAGUUACUUUCACCGCCGAUUCGUACCGAGUGGAAAAGAUUGUUCCCUGCCCCGAUGGACAACAUGACAUAAUGGACGCAGAACAGCCCGUUGAGAUUUACUUUGAAGACGGCGUGAAAAUUAUACAAGACAGAUACUGCAGAAAAUGUGGCCAGCAUUUCUUUAGUGAAGGCGAGCGAAAGGAUGAACUGUGA